CAGACAUGUCGGGCCCGCGCGCCGGCUUCUACCGGCAGGAGCUGAACAAGACGGUGUGGGAGGUGCCGCAGCGGUUGCAGGGGCUGCGCCCGGUGGGCUCGGGCGCCUACGGUUCCGUCUGGGCAGGAAGAGAGGGGCAAUGUGUGCUGUGUGAGUGCCCUGCCCACACCCUGAUACCCCAGAGAUCUGGCAGUCCUUGCUAUAUUCACUUCUGGCACAGAAUCACCUUUUGGGAGUUCCUAGGGAGUGCCAAGCUCAAGAGACACCCAUCUCUCUCCCCUGCACCUAGUCUGCAUGGCCCCUGUGCAGCUCUGCCUAUGACGCACGGCUGUGCCAGCAGGUUGCGGUGAAGAAGCUGUCAAGACCCUUUCAGUCACCAGUGCACGCGCGGAGGACAUACCGAGAACUGCGGCUGCUCAAGCACCUCAAGCACGAGAAUGUCAUUGGACUGCUGGAUGUGUUCACACCGGGCACGUCCAUUGAGGACUUCAGCGAAGUGUACCUGGUGACCACUCUGAUGGGCGCCGACCUGAACAGCAUCGUCAAGUGCCAGGCACUGAGUGAUGAGCACGUCCAGUUCCUCGUGUACCAGCUGCUGCGUGGGCUGAAGUACAUCCACUCAGCGGGGAUCAUCCACCGGGUAGGUGCGGUCGGCUGGCUGACUGAGUGUGGGGCCAGGCCGCUGCAGAGCCAGGCUGGGCAACUCCUGAGCUCACACCUGCCUGCCCUGCAGGACCUGAAGCCCAGCAACGUGGCUGUGAAUGAGGACUGUGAGCUCAGGAUUCUGGACUUUGGGCUUGCACGCCAGGCUGACGAGGAGAUGACUGGCUAUGUGGCCACACGCUGGUACCGUGCACCUGAGAUCAUGCUCAACUGGAUGCACUACAACCAGACAGUGGACAUAUGGUCCGUGGGCUGCAUCAUGGCCGAGUUGCUCCAGGGUGUAGAAAAGCAGGUUCUGGGUGGUGCUCCUAAGAUCUGGGGGCCUGGGAAACGUCUCUGCCUGGCCAGUGGGCAUUUCCUGAGCCAGGCAGACAUUGACCAGCUGAAGCGCAUCAUGGAGGUGGUGGGCACACCCAGCCCUGAGGUUCUGGCAAAGAUAUCCUCGGAACAUGCCCGGACAUACAUCCAGUCCCUGCCCCCCAUGCCCCAGAAGGACCUCAGGAGCAUCUUCCACGGAGCCAACCCCCUGGCUGUGGACCUCCUGGGAAGGAUGCUGGUGCUGGACAGCGACCAGAGGAUCAGUGCAGCUGAGGCCCUGGCCCACGCCUACUUCAGCCAGUACCACGACCCAGAUGAUGAGCCUGAAGCUGAGCCUUAUGAGGAGAGCGAGGAGGCCAAGGAGCGCUCCAUGGCCGAGUGGAAGGAGCUCACCUACCAGGAAGUCCUCAGCUUUAAGCCCCGAGAACCACCGAAGCCGCCUGGCAACCUGGGCCCUGAGCAGUGAGCGGGGUGCUGCCCCUGGCACACGGACGCAAGGAGGGGCCUAGUCUGCCUGCGCCUUUCUCGGCCUGCCAGGUUCCCACACAGGGUGGCUCCCAACACCAUGAUGGCUGGCAGCCCUGGUCCCUGGCCUGGGACCUCUCGUCUGCACACCGCUCCUUAAGGGCAGUCCAUGUAUGCAUGUGAACUCAUGAAAGUGCGCACAUGUGCGAGCCGUGGGUGUCGGAGUCUGGGCCAGCGUCCUGGACUCCCUUGGUCCUCCCGCCCCCUUCCAGCUGCUGGGUCUCCCUGGGGGCCUCACCAUGGGGACUGGGAGGCCAUAGGGCUCCUCUUGGGGACCAUCUGUCUCCAGAUCACCUCAGCCCCAGAGAGCUGUCUCUGGGGUCGUGCAGAGACCCAAAGGGAGGGGUCUCAGUGGUCAGAGCUGCUCAGCCUGGAAGUGAGAGUUUCCCCUUGGAAAUGCUGAGACCCGAAGGUCUGACAGCUGGACAGGGUCUUCCUUGGGAAGUGGCGGGGCAGGGACAGCCACCAGGUGUCAAAUCAGAAAAUCAUCCUGGAGCCACGUGUUCCCUGGGCCACGUGUGGCAUGUGCACUACUGUGUACUCCUGCAUCUUCAUGGCCAGGCCUGUGCACACACGUGUGAAUCUGUGGGCACCCUGAGUGCCAGUGGUCAUGACCAGCUGGAGGCCCCAGUUGGGGUGGCUGUACUGUUGCUCCCCUCCCCCCAGUUCCUGACGCCAUGAGGGGGCUGAGAUCCUGCUGUGCACCAUGUGAGGAGCUUAGGUGGGCAAGGGACCUUCUUGGGUAUAGGGACUGCAGCAGGUCCUGAGGCAUAAGUACACAGAGUCAGUUGGGGAGCCAGCAGGCACAGGGGCUUCAUCCAGCCUUGAGGACACUAAGGGGGCAGCACACACGGAUCUGGACCUGGACCUGGACCUGGAUGUUGGCCCAGAGCUUAUGAAGAAGCCUCUGCCUGCUCUACCUCUGCCCUCUCUCUGGCUCUGCGUUGGCCCUCACCCUAGUGAGCUGUGGACAGCAUCCUGCCUGAGACAUGGGGGUGUGAGUCCUCCCCAUAGGGGUUUCUCGGUCAGGUGGUCAGGUGGUGACCGCCUACCUUGCAUGACUCAAGGAGUUCCGAAUGUUAAGUGCCUGCACCAGGUUUUUGCAAUAAAGGGGGUUCCCUCUUGCUCA